GUAUGCUGAAACGCACUAAAUACAGCCGUCUGCGCAACGAUUCGCUGACUUCUUUGGAGGAUCACCCCCAAAGGAUGCUGCCCCUGAAGAGGGACCUCUGCUUGGACCCCGACUUUGCUCAGCUGGACCCUGGGACCCCCGCCCGGAACGGAACGUCCGCCCUGAGGGACUUCAUCCCCCGGGUGGCCAACAUCCGGCUGCAGAGCCCCAUCUCCCUGCGGGGGAAGGGGACCACCACCCGGGACAGAGCCCUCCCCGAGCACGCCGAGAAACCCCCGACCGGUUCGGACUGGGGCUCGGGCCUGGACCAGAGGUUCUGCAGCCACCCGUCCCUCAGCGUGCCCCUCUCCGGGAGCCAGAACCAGAUCCAACCGAUCCACCCGGUCCACCCGGUCCACCCGGCCCUGCUCUGCACCAGGCGCCCCAUCACCCUGCACCGGAUGGCCAGCCUCCCCGGGCCUGGACCCGGGCCCGGUCCGGGGUCCAGAGGCGCUCUCUGCUGCCUGAAGACGGCGGCGGACGACUGCACGGCGCUGAGGGCGACAAACCGAGCGGUCCACCACCACAUAAAGGUACCUCCCCUCACACCCCGGGAGGCAAUCAGUAGACUGUGCGAGAGGACGCUGUUGAAAACGGCAGUGAAAAAUAAAAAGGGGCCGUCUGCAGUUCUGGGUCAAAUCAACAUGCAGUUUUCCGGGAGCAGGGUCAUCCUCACCGUCUCCAUCGACAGCAUGACGGACAUGGCUGACUACAUUGCCUAUGUUGCAAAGGACAACUGUCCCCCGGGCCGGGCCACUGAGGUCAUAAACAGCAUCGGCCAGGCCUUUGAGACCCGUUUCCGGCAGCUUCUCAGCCAAACGUCCACGCUCCUCUCUCCAAGGUUGUCCAGGUCGGCGGUGAGAAUCUGCCCCAAAUGGUGCCCCGAGGAGGCCAUAACGGAGCAAAAGGCCAAACGGGAAGGCGAGGGCGGCGGGGAGCGGGACUACUACAAUGUCAUCCCGGGAAAGACGCCACCGCCUGGUGGAACAGAGGACCCGCGGGUCACAGAGCAGGAGAAAAAACAGGAUGCAGAUGUGGAGGAGGUCUGUUUGUCUCCACCCGUUUCUGUGUACGAGAACUGCUCCAUCCCCGAAGAGGCCUCAGCUCCUCCUGAAGGGUCAGAGAAGUCUGCGGUCAGUGUUGAACGAGGCCCGGCUGGAUGUGGGAUCCAGAGCCUGAUCCAGGAGGAGGGCUGGUUUCACGGCAGGUUAGGCAGGGAGCAGGCGGAGUCUCUUCUGACCUGCAGCGGGGAUUUCCUGGUCAGAGAGAGCAGCUCAGCCUCCGGUCAGUACGUCCUCAGCGGCAUGGAGGGGGCCACCGUGCGCCAUCUCCUGCUGGUGUUCCACAGCGUCAGCCACCUGGUGCGGUUCCACAUGGAGAAACGGCUGCCCAUCGUUUCCGGAAGCAGUGAGCUGUGUCUAAAGCAGCCCAUCCUGCAAACACAC